CCAAUAAUCUAUUUUGUUUUACAUGUCUUUUUAGAAAUGGUAAACAAUUAAAGUAAAAAAGAGACAGAGGUGGCUCGAGGCAGAAAAGUCUACAAUAUAUCCAUCCUCGGAAAAAUAAAGAAGAUAAAAUCAGUUCCGUAUCUAUAUAAGAAAAUAGACAAAAGUCACAAAACCUCAUCAGAGCUGUCCGAAUUCUCCAAGUCUCUCAUCAUCACACCCACUCCAACAAACUUUCUACGAGAGAAAAAAACAAAAAGAAAAACAAACAAUGGAGAAUCUUGUAGGUCUUCUUCGAAUUCAUGUGAAAAGAGGUGUGAAUCUCGCCAUUAGAGACAUCUCAAGCAGUGAUCCUUACAUCGUCGUUCACUGCGGUAAACAGAAGUUGAAAACACGCGUGGUGAAACAUAGUGUAAACCCCGAGUGGAACGACGACUUGACACUUUCCGUGACUGAUCCGAAUCUCCCGAUUAAACUUACGGUUUAUGACUAUGACUUGCUCUCCGCGGAUGACAAGAUGGGAGAAGCCGAGUUCCACAUUGGUCCAUUUAUUGAAGCUAUUAAAUUUGCCCAUCAGCUCGGACCAGGACUUCCUAAUGGGACCAUAAUAAAGAAGAUAGAGCCGAGCAGAAAAAAUUGUUUGUCUGAAUCAAGCCACAUUGUGUUGAACCAAGGCAAGAUUGUCCAGAAUAUGUUCCUUAGACUCCAGCACGUGGAGUGUGGAGAGGUUGAGCUACAGCUCGAGUGGAUCGAUGUCCCGGGUUCAAGGGGUAUUUAGGUCAAAUCAUAUCGAUCCGAUCUUUAUUAGUCCCUUGUGCAUAUGGUUAGAAACUAGAACUAUGGUGCAGUUUAAAACUGGUCAAUGAAAGAAUCUCAAACUGGCUUGUGUAAUAAACUCAUUUCGUUUUUUUUUUCUCUUGUUUGAUUCCAAAAAGUUUGCAAUUCCAUGAGGAGUAAGUGUAAACAUUUGGAUAUCUACAUAAAUAUCCUGUCUUAUUAGCGUGAAUUGUGUAGACUCAAUGAUCUUUCGCCUCUUCUUUGUGAACUAUUAGGGAUUCUGAUAGUUCCAAUUAUGAGCUUAGGAACAAUUGACACAAAUGUCUGUUUAGCUAUUAAUUAUUAUUUUUC